GCUUGUCAAUUUUUCCCAGCUUUGUCCAUCCAGCCGUAAUGCUUACUGAUACUUCUGCGGACUCACCUUCAGAAUCAUGGAAUGUUAUUUCGAAUGCUGUCAAGAACGCGUUCCUGAAUCUCCAGCAACACAAUUCCAGUUUUCGUUCAAGGUCACCGGAGAGUAACGCAGGGAUUCCAGACCAGGACGAAGACACCUUCUCAGAAAACAGCAUUAUACCACCAAGUCAAGCAAACUCUCCACAUGUGUCAAAAGGCUCUUUUAAGCAUAGAAACAACAGCUUCAGUGCUGCAGUGAAAAAUCGAUCUGUGGAGCGAUGGCCAUUGAUUACAAUAGAAAACGACCUUGACGAGAGUAUAGAACCUGUCAUCGAAUAUGUUGAAGAUCUAAUACUUCCGGAACAAGCUGGCUUGUCUCUAGCAAAAUACGAAGUUUGCCCUUGCGAGGAAGGCAGUAGUUAUAAUAACGAAAAACGAUUAAUAUCGUCCGGAGUUGAUUUCAUUUCUGAAUGCGGCCCUUGGUGUGGAUGUCGAACGAAUUGCCCUAACAGAGUCGUCCAAAAGAAGCGAUCGAUACCUCUGAUAUUGCAGCGCAUUAAGGACUAUGGUGAAAUACGGUGGGCUGUAAAAGCUCAAGAAGUGAUUCUUAAAGGAACCUUUAUAGAUCAAUACUGUGGAGAGGUUGUCCCUGCAAGAGAAGCCAUGAAAAGAGCGAUGGCAUAUAGUGAGGAGGAAGAGAUACUAGUGUUGGACAUGUUUGUCGGAAUUAUUGAAGAUGUUCCGCCAUUCGCCAUAGACGCUGUUACGCAUGGAAAUAUCACAAGGUUCUUCAAGCACAGCAACCAACCAAAUACUGCUAUAUACCCAGUCUUUUAUGAAUCAAGUGCCUACCACCGCAUGGCAUUUUUCUCAAUCCAAGAUAUCCAACCUGGAGACGAAAUCACUUUUACCAACUGGAAUCUGGAUGUCUAACCGAAACUUUCUCAAUGGCUGAUACAGCUAUUUGAUUACCAUUGUCCAGGCACAUCUCAAAGCGCUAAUGUGAAUCAUUGUUUGGCGGUUGUGACAAGGAACCUUUUCAUUUUGGCUUCUAUACCCUUUAUUUUGAUGAUGAAUAAUAAUCAUUUACGAAGUUCAGUGCGGUGUGC